AUGUCGGAAGAAAGUAACCGCGUGUUGCAAACCCCACCCAAACUACGAAUCCCAAGACCAGAAUUCACUCUCGAUAGCGACAACGACGACUUAGAACUCUGGUCGUUUCGAUUGCCAACCAAUGUGCCGCUUGGUGAAUUGAACGGAAUGACAAUCGACUUGAAAAAUAAUGUGGGCAAGUUUAAGGUUCGAGAUCAGGAAUAUAAAAUUGUCCUGGGAGAUGCCGUCGAAAACGAAUCUUUUCGGGUUUUGGUCAAAGCGGAAGAUGAUGACGACGAAAUUAUGAACGACAGCGACGAGGAGGACGGUGAUCAGGUGUAUCUCCAAGCCUCGUCAUUACCAUUUACGAAGCAUUGGAAUGUAGUCACAGCAUUCCCGCAACGAACAGAGCGAGAAUUGGCCCCUAGGGAGGGUCCUACUCCUGUAGACAGAGUCCGGCAUGCCUAUUCCCAUGUCCCGCAACGUACUGGACUGAAGCGCCGGUGGAUGCCGAUGGGGGUCAAGGCAGACAAAUCUCUUUCGUCAAUAGAUCCCAUGAUGAAGCUUUCGACAUCAACACCAGCCUUAAAAUCAUCCAAAUCUAGUUCCUCAUCCUCUAUCAAGAAGGAGGAGAGCGCACCUUCUGUGUCUAAAGAAGAAGAUGAUACGGAUACCAGUGCCCCACCGUCCAAACGGAUAAAAGUGGCAACUCCAAUGAGCAAAUCGGGUAUGAAGGCAACUAAAGGAGAGCGGAAAUCAGCAAAAAAAGCAAAGAAAGAAGCUAAGAAGCUAAAGAAAGACAAGAGGAAAUCCAAAUGA